AUGACCGCGACGCUGCCGCCGCCGCCGCAGGAGCCGCGCCCCGACAUGGCCGCCCACCAGCACCCGUCGUACCAGCACCCGCCGCACGCCCAGCAGUACCGCCUGCCGGGCCCCAACGAGUGGACGCGCGCGCCGCCGCCCGACGCGUACCGCCAGCAGCCGCCACCGCCGCAGUACGUGCAGCAGCACCACCAGCCGCCCGCCCCGCGUCAGCGCACCGCCAUUGCGUGUCGCUACUGCCGCCGCCGCAAGAUCCGCUGCUCCGGCUUCGAGGCCACCGAGGACGGCCGCUGCUCCAACUGCCUGCGCUUCAACCAGGACUGCAUCUUCACGCCCGUCUCUGCCCAGACUCAGGCCUUCGUCCCCGCACACACCGUCUGGCGCGGCGUCGGCGCCCCGCCGCCCAUGUACGGCGCAUACGGCCAGCCGCUGCCGCCCGCGAGCCACGCCGACGCCUACGGCCAGCCGCCGCGCCCGGGCUCGCAGCAGCCGGGCUACUUGCCCAGUCCCACCGCAGGUCCGUACCCCUAUGGUCCGCCAGGCGCCGAUGAGGCCAGCCGUGACGGCGCGGGCAGGAAGAGGCCCCAUCCGGAGCCUCACACGCCCACCCUGCCCCCGCCCCCGCCGGGCGCGUCACAGCCGCCUCAUCGCGCGCCAGGUCAGGACUAUGCCUACCCCGAGCCGCCGUCUCUAACCCAGCCGCCGCGAACAGCCACCCCGUCGGCGCCCUACUCUGCUGCGCCCGCCGCCCAGCCCUACUACGCCGCCAACCCACCGCGCCAGACGUCGCCGCAGAGCGCCUACCGCUACGACCCCAGCCGCACCUCGUCCUCGCCGCACUCGCAAGCCCCGACCACGCCCGGCUCCGCCUCGGCGCCCUACUACCCGCCGCAGCCCAACGGCGCCCUGCAGCCGAACCCGCCGCGCAGCGACGGCCGCACCCCGCCGCCCCCGACCUCGCAGCCCGCCAGCCGCCCGGGCAUGCGCAUCAACGACCUCGUGAGCGACAAUGGCAACGGACGCAGCUCGACCGAUUCGGACAUGCUCAACAUGCUCAAUCGCCGCCCCAUGUAACGCCUUCUAGUCCUCCAGCACCCGCAGACACGCUCCUGAGCUGGCUCUCGAAAGGAGCACACACGGUGCACCGUACAACUCUAAGCAAAGCGCCGCGCACCAGCCGCUGCCUGUAGUCACUUUGUUUUCCUGUACAACCUUGAUUUCGUCGCCAUUACGC